UGCGACAGUGGACGUAAUAAAUUUUCCGCAAUAAAUAAAUUUGUGCCAAAUAUGAAAAAAACUUGACCUUAUUUCACUAAGACAAUCACAAACUCAUUAAUUUCUUUCAAAUUUGUUAUUACUUGUUAGACAAAAGAUUGCUUUGUACCAAAGAGAAAGAAAUGAAUUUUAAUGACGUUUAUACGGAAGAGGUCCUUUUUGGAAGCGAAUAUUGACUUAAUCUAGCAUACGCUUUUAAUAUUCAGUGAAGUUCAUAACUACAUGCGGUUUCUAAGAGGAAAUUGCCUCGUGUUUACACAAGGAGACGGAAAAUUCUAAUAAGAAAACAAUUCGAAGUCAGCUUGCUCGACCUACGAACAUUUGAGCAAAAUGGAGAAAUUUAUCCAUGACAACGUUUUUCUUCGCCUCGUGCGAGAGCAUUAGUUUACAGUUACCCAAACACGACAAUUUGGCGACAUUGUUCGAAGGCAAAGCGAAAUGAAAGGAUGAAACAAACGUAAGCGUCUGUACGGGUUUACAAUGAGUACAAUUGCCCGUAGUCACCCUUCCAAGGAAGAUGCUUCGUCGGUUGAAAUGAAGAAGAAGACGAAAGAGAUGAAAAUACGAUUGGCGAAGAUGUUUGAUCUGUUCGAUAAAGUGAUCGAAUUCAAUCACAACCCGACGAGUGAGUCGGCGAAGAGGAAACUCGAUUUGGAAAUUGAGAAGCUGAAAUCCCUUCAACAACAACUUGAGAGGGAGCCUCAAAAGAUCGACCUUUUCGAAGAAAAUUUGAAAGAUGUCCAAGAAUACGAUAAAUUCUACAUCCAGUAUGUCAAUCAUGUUUCUCAAGAUUUGGAAAAUUUGAAAAACAGUAUAAUUCAGUAUAUACAGGAGAAAACUAAAGCUGAACAACUGCUCGCAAAGGAAAACAUGAAACUGAAACUUGACUUACAACGCGAGCAAGCUGAAUCGAUGCAUCAGCAACAAAAGCACGAAUACGCUGUGGCAGAGAAGAACACAGUCUUGGCGACUUGUAGAAAGCUGGAGGAGCAACUGGAAGAAAGAGGAAAACAAAUUCAACAGCUUCAACGCGAGGGAACUGUGAGUCUGUGGCAGCGAGAAAAGGCGAAGCUGAUAAAAGACGUCCAGUCAAAUGAGGAGAGGCUUGCAAAGGAACUCAAAGAAACUAAAGAUCAAUUAGAUGAUACAAAAUCAAGACUAAAUCAGAGAAUUAUGGAGCUUAUGGAUCAAGUGAAAUAUCUUAAAAUGGAGAAAGAUGUCAAGAAUGGGACAGUGAGGACGCAUGGAGCAGUUCCCCAUGUUUCCUCAAGUGAAAUGGAGAAAAUCAAGCAGCAAUUAUUCCUUAAGGACAGAUUAUUGGUUGUGGCAGAAGGCGAAAUCCAAAAACAGCAAAAAUAUUAUGUAGGAUUUAUAAGUGGAUUGAGUCGAGAUUUCAGGAUUAUGCUGGAAAGACAACAUCUGACAAUCAAAGAAUACAACAAAGAUCAAAAAGCGUACGCUUCAAUGUUGAAUAAAAUGUACGUGGCAGCGAAAGAAGGAACUUUGACGGAGUUUAGAGCGACGUUACCUUCUCACUAUCUUGGAAUAAAUGAGGAUCUUUCUGGCCAUCCAUUGGGUAAAAAGCUUUCAACGCCUUUCCAGGAUUUGGAAUUGCAUUUACAAGAAGUUGAGAACAGUGAAUUCAGAGUUGAUAUCAACCAUCCAUUACUUACGGGUUGGAGAGAGGGCAGGUCAGCAAGUGCCAGAGAGAAUGCCAGAAAGUUUUCCAAAAAAUCAUCUAAAGUUACCGGCGUUCAUCCGAGGCUUGUCGACACGAAGCUUGGAAAACCGCUUCUAAAUGAGGCUAAAGAACACUUCCCUGAGUGGUCUGACCAAGAGAUUCAGAUGAUGUUCGAGCAGUUUAAGAGAUUCGACACAAACGAAGAUUUCAACCUUGAUACGCAAGAGUUAUUACGAGCAAUCCCUGAUACGUUAGGUAGAAUGGCAACCACUGAAGAAAUAAAGGAAGCGAUGUUAGAGGUAGAUAUAGAUGACUCUGGAACGGUGGAUUUUUUCGAGUUUCUCUGCGUAGCAAGACUAAUUUCGCAAGGGAAAGGAGAAGCAAGGCUAUUCAAGAAAAAGACUCUCACAGCAUUACAGAAACCGAACGGGAAGUCGACCAUCUGUUCAGUUCAGUAGCCUUCACCACGCCCCACACACUUCAGAACUAUUUUCAAUGAACAUUAUAACUAAGAGUGUCAGUUUGUUUCUCAAAAAGAAAAAAGGACAAAUAUGUCAAGACUCGAACCUGAUAUAACAGUACAGUGCAAAUAAAAUCCCAAAAGAUACGCUGUAAUGUGGAUUUUAAGAUAGUCCUCGUAAUUCAAAGUCGAACCAAUUGUACUUAACUCCCACUUUCACAGAAAACUUUAGAGAACCAUCUCUGAACACAUCUUUUUAAGUCAUUCAAUAGCUGAUAAUUGCAUAUUUGUCAUGAAUGUACAAAUGAAUCAUGUAAACAUUCAAAUGCGUUAUUUAAAGUCGUUCUUGUCAAAGAAAUCCUAUGGUUAAUUGUACAUAGUUUUAAGUUAAUCUCUUUAUUACAUCCAUUUUGAAAUCUUUAGUGAUUCCUGCAAUCUGAUUGGCUCUCAUUGGUGCAAUUAAAUCACGAAUAGCACCAUUUUUUUGCUCUAAAUCGCAUCUUUUCCUGGCCAGUGACAAAGCUCUACUGAAAAACAACCACCAAUCAGAUUUUAAGGCUUAUUUAAAGUAACAAAUCAAAUUUCAGGAAAAUGAAAGACAAUUUCUUUUUCAACUUUUUUGUAAACCAGAUCAAUACUGGAUCAAUAAAAUAUUUUUAAAGACUACAAAAAUCCUGUAUGUGAGCAACUGAAAUUUGCGAUCUUUAAAUUGGAUGUGGUAAAAAGAUAAUUGGGCUUUGUGUUGUGCAAUUUUGGUCUUUUUGAUAUUUGUGAUUUCAAAUCAAACUUGUGCUGUCUGCUCAUUCAAUUCUGAAAUCACUUGUAUAAUUUUCACACCAAAUUACACUCCACUCAGUUCAAUUACAAUUAUAAAUCCAGCUGGUGUUUAAAUAAAAGACAGAAACAAGAAG